AUGCUUAGCUAGACAUGCUUAUGUUGUUACUAAACAUACGUAGACAAGUCCAAACUUUAUACUUGAGAGAAUCGAGUAUCUCUGUAGCAAGAGUUCAGAUGGGCCACCUCAAUAUCAUGUUAGCUUUCCUUUCAUUUGUGUUAUUAGGGUUAGCUGAAGUCGAGGGAACUGUAGCACUGAGUCAAAUCCUCUCAAAUAGCCAUCUGAUCACCCCGUACCGAGAGGUUACGGCAAGAAAGUUUGAGAGAAGGUCCUUACUGCAGGAUCAUAGUAGUGAUGAUAGGAGAUCAUCUAAUGCAAGCCUUCCCUCUGCUGCCACACUUGCUAACUGUCCAAAGCGAUGCGGCAACUUGAGCUUCGACUAUCCCUUCGGCAUAGGAGAUGGUUGUUUCCGCCAUCCCGAUUUCAGUCUCACAUGCAACGCCACUACUCAGCCUCCCAAACUCCUCUUGCAUAUUAACGAAAGCGUGGAGGUUAUAGAUAAUAUUGAGGUCGUCGGUAAGGAUAUAGCUGAGUUUUUCUACUUCAACUUCUUUAUGGUCGCAUUUAACCAUCUCAUCCCCAUAAAAGCUGGUGUCGAUGUCUAUAACCUUACAUGGAAAGCCCCAGGGAUUUCUUUUACUAUUUCAGAGAUGAUGAUAAUUACUGUCGUCAGCUGCGACUUGGAUGUAUUCUUGAUAGGCCAAGACAACACUCCUAAACUGCUUUGCAUGGUUGCUUGUCCCAACAAAGAGAUUGCAGACAUGGUGUACAUGCAAGACUGUGAAGGCCCUGGCUGUUGUACUGUAUUAUCUGAAACACCAGUUCAGGCUGUACAAUUGCAGUUUGUUCGCCAUGAGACAAGUAAUGCUGGAAAAAUCUCCAAUCUCAGCAUGCUAUGGGAUAGAAUCAACAUAACUAUUGGGGCGCCACUUGUUUGGAGUAUUGUUGACCAAACAAGAUGCUCAAGAAACAUGGAAGAUAACUUCGCUUGUGUCAGCAACCACAGUGGGUGCAUAACUUCUGUGUUUAGAGAUAUUGGCUAUGCCUGCCAAUGCAAUUCUGGCUACAAGGGAAAUCCUUUUAUCCUUGAUGGUUGCAAGCAUGACAGCGGUUACAACCCUAGACCAGAAAAGCAUAAUUGCGCUCGACAAUGUGGGACAAUCACAGUCCCGUUUCCGUUUGGCCUUGAAGAGGGUUGCUCCGCAAGGAAACGUUUUCAGCUCAACUGCUCCGACAAGACAAAUUCGGUCCUCAAGUUCAAUGACUAUUUUCAGGUGACGUAUAUAAAUGUCAGUGAAGGACUUCUGGGCAUCAAACACAACUCAUCGCUGGAGGAGCAACUAUUCAAUAUAAUGAUGGAAAUGAUGACUUCUGAUAAUGAGCCAGACCUAUUUGUUGACCCUCUUGAAUCAGUCUCUGUGCAAUGGGCCGUUGCCAACCUGACAUGCCAAGAGGCGCAACACAACACUUCUGGAUAUGCAUGUGUAAGUACCAGCAGCUCCUGCUUGAAUGUCCUUAGCUCCAUGGAUGGUUAUGUUGGCUACAGAUGCAGUUGCUUGCCUGGUUAUCGUGGAAAUCCAUACAUCCUAGAUGGCUGCGAAGAUAUCGACGAGUGCCGAGAGACACCAGGAAUUUGUAAAGGAGUUUGCAAGAAUACCGUUGGAAACUACAGCUGCACCAAGUGCCCUGAUCAUACCGAGUACGAUAUUUUAAGAAUGCAGUGUACUCCAAUAAGAAAGAAAAGCUUCUACUUAGGUAUUAUAAUUGGCCUUAGCAGUGGCUUUGGAAUGCUACUUCUUGGAUUAAGUGGAAUAGUUCUCAUUCGAAGAUGGAAAAGACAUGCACAGAAAAGACUGCAGACGAAGUAUUUCCGAAAGAACCAGGGCCUUCUAUUGGAACAAUUGAUAUCAUCGGAUGAAAAUGCUAGUGAGAAGACAAAAAUUUUCUCCUUAGAAGAGCUUAAAAAGGCGACAAAUAACUUUGAUACCACACGUAUCCUUGGCCGUGGAGGGCAUGGAACAGUAUACAAAGGUAUCUUAUCUAACCAACAUGUGGUGGCUAUUAAAAAGGCCAAAGUUAUAAGGGAAUGCGAGAUUAAUGAUUUCAUCAACGAGGUUUCGAUUCUUUCUCAGAUAAAUCACCGAAAUAUUGUUAAACUCUUUGGAUGCUGUCUUGAAACUGAGGUCCCCUUAUUAGUCUAUGAUUUUAUUCCCAAUGGUUCAUUGUUCGGACUACUUCAUCCAGAUUCCAGUAGCACAAUCUAUUUAUCAUGGGGUGACUGCCUAAGGAUUGCAGCAGAAGCAGCUGGAGCUCUAUAUUAUCUCCACUCUGCAGCAUCAAUUUCCAUCUUCCACCGUGAUGUGAAGUCAUCUAAUAUACUCUUGGAUGCAAACUAUACUGCUAAAGUUUCAGAUUUUGGUGCUUCAAGAUCAGUUCCCAUCGAUCAAACCCAUAUCAUCACAAAUGUACAGGGUACAUUUGGUUACUUGGAUCCAGAAUAUUACCAAACUAGGCAGCUAAAUGAGAAGAGUGAUGUCUAUAGUUUUGGUGUGGUACUCCUAGAACUUCUUCUGAGAAAGCAACCCAUUUUUACAAUAAACUCUGGGAUGAAACAAAAUUUGUGUAGUUACUUCCUUUCAGAGAUUAAAACCAGGCCAAUUACAGAUAUGGUCGAUGCUCAAGUUCUCGAAGAAGCAAAUGAGGAAGAUAUCAAAGAAGUUGCAUCCCUUGCUGAGAUGUGCUUGAAGCUAAAAGGUGAAGAAAGGCCCACGAUGAAGAAAGUAGAGAUGACGUUACAGCUUCUGCGAACAAAAACGAUGAACUCAUCUCAAGUAGAUCCAACCAUUGACCAAGAGAUUCAAACUGUUCUGACUGAAGGAGCCAGUGACCCAGAGAUACAACCAUUAGUAACAAAUUUGGAUGUUGAUAGAGCUAAUGCAGCAUCUCAACGCUUCCAAAUAUCAUGCUAUAGCUUGGAGCAAGAAUUCUUGUCAUCUGCUAGCUUACCACGGUAGAUGUGUUUAUCCUAUUUCUGAUGUGUUUAGUUAACUUGCAUAUGUAUUGUGUACUUGCAGUCAUGUAUGUUGAAAUGAGAAAUUAUACUAUAUGCCAUCAACAAGGAGCUAAUUCUGCAAUAUGCUAUUGAUGAA